AUGCCCAACUCUGGGUACACGCACGGCGACACGCCACAAAAGGCCAUGGUCCGAGGCGCACUGUCGUACAUGCGAGCCACGGGUCUUGCGAUGAACAAGACGGCCGUCUUUCGUCAUUUCGGUCUGUCGCGAGCCCAGGGCUACUCGGCCAUUACCGCCGCGACGACGCGUGCGCAGGAGCCCGACUGGGUUGAAUCCCGGGGCCGCCCGGCCAAGAUUUCCAAGGCGGUGCUCCGGUUCCUCGAGUAUCUGCUGUGGAACGAUCUCGGGACCGAGCUUGACGAGACACUGCUGGAGAGGGCCUGGCGGGAAGCGUCUCAGGACAGUGGCAUCAUGACGACGGAAGAAGGUGGAGAGGAUGAGCGAACGACGGCAGCAAGGGCCUUUGUCAACAUUGACGGGCCGACGUGGGAGAGCAUGAUGCGUCAGGGUAGGGCGUUUGGACUGCAAGCAACGUACAAUGCGCGAACGAUGCGGCGCGCCAUGGGCACGCUGCUGUAUCGGCGCUGUCUGCGCUGCGAGGACACGUGGGUGAAUCCCCGACACAAGGCGGCUCGGCUGGAAUAUGCCAAGGCCAAGCUCGAGGCCCUACCCGACGCUGAGGACUGGAAGCGCGUGCGGUUUAGCGGGGAGCUGCACUUUGGAUUUGGCCUGGACGGCAGAAUGCGGCUGCUCCCGCGCCCGGGCGAAAAGUACGCCUGCCCCUCGUGCCAGAUGCAGACAGAGGAGCAGCAGCAAAAGGAGCACUCGCCGUCGGAUUGGGACCGGGACAUUCGCCGCGUGCACGCCUGGGCAGCCGUUGGACAGGGAUAUCGUAGCGAGCUCGUGUUUUACGACGAGCAGACGGGCGCCAAGUCGCUCGGCCUCAUGACGCCGGCCGCGUACCGCGACGUCGUCCUCGAGCAGCAUGUGCAGAGCUGGCCCGUGGGCGAGACCACCGCUGACGAAGCCGAGGCGGAGGAAGUGCUGGUGGCAUGGGAGGAGGACUAUGAUCCGCACGCCGCAGGGGGCAACGCGAUUGACAAGGCCGCCGAGGCGUGGAAGGACGCGCGACGGCUGCGACGGCACCGGGGCUGCGCGGACGCGCCGGACCUGUGCCCGCUGGACGUCGUUUUCCCGCCCGGAAAGAUGUGGACCGUCAAGAUGCCGUUGACGGACUGGGAGCCGGCGACGCUGCAGCGUGCGGCACGCGAGGCGUGGGCGGCGGUUGACCAGGGGAGGGUGAAUCUGUGGGUGGAGCUGAUGCCGCAGAGGCUGGGCAAGGUUGUGGAGGAGGUCGGGGCCAUGGUGCCGUGGUAG